CACCGAUGUCGCCACUGGUACCAUAACUAAUAUCAACAUAUUUCAGUGAUUGAUAAUAGAAUUAUUAUCACUCCAAUAUUAAUUUAGAAUGUCAUCCAAGACAGCACAUAUUUCUGAUACUCUUAGAAUUCUUCAUCUGCCACCAGAACUCUCCAAUGAACGGCGCAAUGAAUUAUUUAAAAAAUUUGGUGCUGUUAAUACACGGACCUUGAGACCCUCCAAGAAAUAUACUGUAACUUAUGCAAAGUUUCCAUCGCAACAGGCAGCUACAGAAGCAUUAUUGCGUCUGCAUCAAUUAAAUAUUCGAGGGCAAUACUUGACGGUUGAAUUCGCUAAGAAAUUUAUAUCUAUAGAAAAUACACCAAACGAAGUUUAUAAUGAUAAGCUUACCACGGAAGAAAGUAAAAAGGAACCAAUUAGUAAAUCCAAUUUUCAAGCUUUUCUACAAAAAUUGAAUAGUUGGACUGCCAAUCAAGUUUUCUCUCAACCGCCUCCUCCAAAUAUACAAUAUAAAUAUUUACCACCGACAAAGAGUACAUUGAUAAGAAUAGCUAUCCAAUUGGUAAAAGAACCAGCCUUCUAUACACAGGUUCUACACUUAAUGAACAAAAUGAAUUUGCCUCCACCUUUUGAGGAACUUGAAGCAGAAUUUCCACUGCUUAAAGAUGUCUAUAAUUUAGAAAAAUACAAGAAUAUAUUCGAGAAAGGAAGCUUAAAUGACAAAGAAUACGAAGCAGAUUCUUGCAAUAAAGAGGAGGAAGAAGAAGAAGAAGAAGAAUCUGAAAUAGAGUCAGACGAGGAAAAUAGCGCGACGCAACUCGUAGAAAUUAUCCCUGUAAAAAGAAAAUCUCAACAAUCCACAAAGCGUUUAAAAAUUCCCAAAUUCGUUAACCCUGCUAAACAAAUCGCAGCUACUACUUCUACGCAGAAGGUUGUAAAACCAGAAGACAUGUUUGAGCCGGUGCAGCGUUCAGAAGCGAAGAAUCUGAAGAUUGAAUUAAAAACAGUAGAGACAUUGUUGGACGUCUCGAGUAGGGAAGAUAAUGUUGUAACUGAAAAUACUGUAGAUGGGGGUUUUGGUUUAAUGUUUCCUCUUCCCAAAAAUCCCGAAACUGUUGAAGACGAAAGCACGGAAAAUAUUCAACAGGAAGUGAUCACUUCCAAAGAAUUGGCGGAUAAUAAGAUUUCUGCCAACGAUCAGAGGCUGCUUCCUGUUUUCAAAAAUUAUCAUCCUGGCAAGCCUUCUAAUCGUUUGUACAUAAAAAAUCUUGCAAAACAAGUCGAAGCAAAAGACCUCCAUUUUAUUUACCGAAGAUUUAUGGUACCUGAGUUAAAAACAGUAUUUGAGUAUGAUGUGAGACUCAUGCAAGAGGGUAGAAUGAAGGGUCAAGCAUUUGUUACAUUACAAAAUAUCGAACAAGCACAGCUGGCUCUCAAUCAAACGAAUGGAUACAUAUUAAAAGACAAGCCAAUGGUCGUGCAAUUUGCUAAACCAGCAAAAAGUUAAUGUAAAUUCCUAACCUUAUUUAUUUCAUCUAUCAUAAAUCAUGUGACACAAACAAGAAUAUUUUAAAUAAAAAUAUACUUCAUCAGAUCCCUUAAUUACA